AAUAAACACAUACUAUAAUUCAAAGGGAGAGCGCAGUAUUAAAGAAACUGCAAAUCUUGUUGGAUUUAAGCUUCCUCAUGAUCCACGUUAAAAAUGUUAAGAUUGUUUAUUAGACUUGAAACCAUCUUAUACAUAAACAUGGAUUGCAAUGUAUCUAAUGUAAACAUAGAAACAAACAAAAUAGUAGAAUUUUGUUAUAAUUUACCUAAAAUUGAAUUACAUGCUCAUUUGAAUGGUUCUCUUAGUAAAGAAACCUUGAUGAAGUUAUAUAAACUGAAACACUCAGUUGAGAAUGAUAAAAGUGAAUUUUUUGACUUCAAUAAAUGUGCAACUAUAUCAGAAAUAUUUGAGGUUUUCAAUUUUGCUUACUCAGUGACAACUUCUCAAGAAGCCAUUUACACAGCUACUUAUGAUACAAUAAAAGAAUUUCAUGCAGAUAAUGUUGUAUAUUUAGAAUUACGAACUACACCCCGAAUAGAAAGUGGAAUGUCAAAAAGAGAAUAUUUAUUAGCAGUUUUGAAAGCUAUCAAAGAUUGUCAAGAUGAGGGUUUGGAGAUCAUAGUGAAACUUUUAGUAUCUAUCAAUCGUAAGCGAGCAGUCCGAGAAGCCAGAGAAAAUAUUCAAUUGGCUAUUGAAAUGAGCAAAGAGUAUAAUCAAAUUGUUGGAAUUGAUUUGAGUGGAGAUCCAACAAAAGGAGAUGCCUUCAUAGAUCUUCUUAAUCAAGCGAGACAAGCUAAUUUAAAAAUUGCAGCUCAUUGCGCAGAGGUUGCAAAUGAAAACGAAACAAUUGAUAUUUUAAGUUUUAAACCUGACAGACUAGGUCAUGGCACUUGUAUUCAUCCAAAUUUGAAUGGAUCAGAGACACUUUACAAUGCAUUGCUUAAAUCAGAAAUUCCAGUUGAAUUGUGUUUGACUUCCAAUGUCAAAUGUAAAACGGUUCCGAAUUUCAAAUCUCAUCAUUUCAAGUACUUAUAUGAUUCAAAGCAUCCAAUUUGCAUAUGUACUGAUGAUAAAGGAGUUUUUGAUACCACCUUGAGCCAAGAGAUAGCAUUAUUAAUGGAGCACUUUAAUUUAAACAACAGCGAUGUCAAAAAUUUGAUGUUAUCAACAGUGAAAUACACAUUUGCUGAUGAUAAUGAAAAAAGUAAAUUACUAAAAAUAAUUACUGAUUUCGAUGCUAGUGCAUAAUAGGGUUUCAUUCAAUUUAGAAAGUCAGUUCAAAGAUUAUGUUUCAAUAAAAAACAUACAAUUUUGAAUACUGAUUUGAUUUAUUAUCCAAUCUUAUUAUGUUUUAUUGAUUAUCUUAUUAUCAACAGGUUAACUACAGGGCGAGUCUUUUACAAAAUAUAAAAAUUAAUUAAACUUACAAACAUUUUCUAAUAAACUAAAACUAAAUAGUAACACUUGAUUUUCUGCUUCUUAUAAUAAAUCCACUGCUUCUACCUUUCCUUUUAACUUUCAUCUUGCAUACAAAAGUUUUACUCAAUAAUUUUUUUGACAAGUCGAAAAAUGUUCAUUAAUUUGCAAAAGUUACUGUUAUAAGAUAGCCUGUUGAAUAAAAUUAAAAUAACAUUCGGAUACAACAGUUCCAAAAAUUUAUUUUCAUUACUUUACAAAAUAUGAAGGUUACUUAUAUUUUAUCCACACAUACUUGAAUAAAUUAUAGCUAAAAAAUUGAUAUGCACUUCAAAACAAGUAGUCGGAACGCGAUGAAAAGUACUUAGAGAAAAACUA